CGACGAAACACAUAUAUAGCCGAGAAAAUGCUCAUUUUCUUGAUUAAUGACAGUUUAUUUUAAUAAAUGCCUUAAGUGAUGAGUAAAACUCCAAGUUCAAGGUGAUAACUAAUUCUUAAGAAAUAGAGCACAGGAUUUUUCGAAUGACCAUCAUAAGACAAAUUGAGCAGGAACGGCUGAAAGGGGAGUAUCCAAGGGAAGUUAUCGAGAUUUCUUCGGCAUGACUAACAGCAGUGUUAGUAGCAAUGCUGGAGCUGCAGAAUUAUUUCACAUGCUUGAGUCUAACAAACUCAUUGAUGUUGAAGAAACCAAAAAAAUCUUUCACGAUCAUUUUCUAUCCAUCAAGGAUAGCUGGUUGGUAAACGGAUUAUUUGAUUACUAUCUCUCUACUGACUCACUGAGAGCUGUUGAGGUUCUAGCAGGUGUAAGGGAACCACAUGAUAAACACUUGUUUGACAAGCUGACUGAAACACUUGUAGCUAAACCUGCCAACAAUGGACAGAAGAUCCGGACACUUGUUCUGCUGGGCCAUGUGGCAAGGAGACAACCCACCUGGCUCUACAAACUGGCUAGUCACACGCUCUUUAAACAGCUACUUCAUUUACUCAAGACGGAAGAAGACAUAGUAUUGCUAAUGAGUGCGCUUCUCUUAUUAAUAACUUUAUUGCCCAUGUUACCAACAGCACUUACAUCACACUUGCAGGAGAUAUUCGAAGUAUUUUCAAGGCUUGCAUUGUUUCACUACAAUCAACUUAUGUCAUUUUCAUCUGCUAACUUUAAUAACACUUCAUCAGCACCCACGCCAAAUUUUAUUGGUGACAGUGACGCAGAUAAAUUACACUAUAUUCAUUUACAGAUUGGGCUACAGCAUCUGUUCCAUAGACUUUAUGCCAUGUAUCCAUGUAAUUUUGUCUCGUUUUUGAGACACCAAUAUAAGAGGGAUCAAGUAUCGAUUUUUAAAAAAAUAAUCAGUCCAAUGUUAGAUUCCGUUCGUAUGCACCCGUUGCUCGUUACAAUGUCUAAAGAUUCGGAGAUAUCUUCAUCCAGGUGGAAGAAAAUGGAGCAUCACGACGUUGUUGCAGAAUGCGGUCGAUUUUCGGUAUUAGAAAAAUCGAGUCGAGACGAGGCCUUACCAUAUACCAACAAUCGCUUUACUCCGAUAUCAGAUUAUUCCUGCCCUUAUACACCGAUGAGCACCACCUCGGAAUUUCCUGUGGCAACUGAUUUACCAAACGGCAAUCGGGAAAGUUUCUGGUCACCAAGUAUGGUUGUGCCAGCUCACAGUCCGACACCCACGAGCUCACUCCAGGCAACGCCAAUACCAUACGACAUGAAGUCCGCGCCAUCUACCCCCGGUGGUGGUUUGGGGUCUGGAGCUGCUACGGGUCCCGGUGCCGGUGGCCGCAGUCGAAUUUCGCCCCCCGAGGCUGCUGUCGAGGCUACGCCCGAAACUACCCCUGUUAAGGAUCUUAGGCAACCUGUAAGACAGAUGCCAGUAGGUUCUGCAGCGGUCCGGGCGCUCGGUAGUUUCAGCAACGGAUCGGGCCACUUGAGUUCGAGCCGACCCUCCACACCUGUGACCUUUAAUUUUAACAAUCAUCAGCAUCCAACCCAAUACCAUUCCACCCAACUGGCAAGUUCGUCCUUUUCACCGCUAGCACAGCUUGGCGAAGGUGGUACUUCGAUUAUAGACCGCAAACUGGGCAAGCUCUUAGCCGAAAGACAAAGGGCCCAGAUUGGUGGUAACACGAAACAAGAUGAUGAUAUUAUUGUUAAGAGAACGUUGACUCCUGUGGCUAAUGAACAAUCGAUCGGUGCUGUGAUCAACGGUCGUCCCGAACCUUGGCAACUCAGAGAAACGCAGCUCGAAGAUCAAGAAGUGUCGGAUAUUGUUUCGUCGACGAGAAAAACUGCUUUCGGCCAUAAAAACGUUUCCGAUAAGGAUCAAGCUUUAAAAGAUUUAUCACGCAAGGUGCGCCUAAAGUUCUACUGCAAAUAUCCAACGCCGCCGGUAACAGCUCAGAUUCGACGUCGAUCUAAAUCCUGUCCAGAUGUUUCAAUGUUUGCAACAAUCUGCAACGAGCGUGGCAGUAUCGGUGUUUCUACGACUUUUCGGCCUUUAAAGCCUGUCUCCUCGUCAACCUGCGGUGUCGUGCCUUACGAGUGCUUUUUUCACGACCUUGUGGAGUUGCGACCGCAGUCAGUCGUCCCGUUUACGACAACAGCAUCUGUGGCGCCGGUGGAGUCGAUAACUCCGAGUUUCAGCGCGAACGAAUCUAGAUUAUCGCCUAGCGCAAUGCUGGACCGAUACAUCGAAGUCUGCGCAAACAGUCAUCAUUAUGAAAAUAAGUCUAGACCUUCAUCUAGACCGAAUUGGUCGUCGAGUGGCAGACAAUCAAAAAUGGACGACGAAGCUGAAAACGGUGGACCGCAUCACCCGUCGAACGAUGAAGCUAACGAUUCUGGCUACUGGAGGGAAAUCGACCGAGCGAACCAGCAGAUUCAGUUGAUGCAAAUUCAGCUGCAAUUUGAACGCCAACGCAGGGAGGUGCACGCCGAACGUAAUCGCCGACUGCUUGGUAAACUACGCGAUUCGCGUGCUCUUGAAGAAAUAAAUUCCUCCAUGACGCAUCGGCUAAAAUUAGCUGAGAACGAAGUCGAAACGUUGAAAAGCGAGAUAAUUGCAAGCAAAAAGGAAGCCCGAGCAGUUGAGAAUCAACUUGCAGAAAAUGUCAAUAUUUGGCAGACCAAAUGUAAAGACGAGCAACAGCUGAACAUGCAGUUGAAAGACAAAAUCGAAAUGUUGGAGGAUGGGCUGAAGAGCGAGAAAAAAAAAGUGAUAGAGCUCGAGAAACAAACACGAGCCUCGGAGGCUACCCUCUUUGAAGCUGCGCAUCAGCUUAAAGAAGCCUUGAGAGCGGCUAAUCAAAGCGAGGAGCUUAAGCGCGUGCUAGAUGGUGUGCAAAAGAGGUUUCUUUUACUUGGAGAGGCACAAGCUAGAAUUCAAGAAAAAAUGGUGGUUCCUGUUAAUAUGACUAGGCAAGAAGUGGCCCUAAUGCAGAGAGCUUGGUCAGAAGAAGUUUCUAAUCUCCGGCGUCUUCUGGAUUCACAAACGCUUCAGCUCGAAUCGCUUAAAUCUCGGCUAGUCGAGUACGAACACAGAGACGCACGUAAAGAAGUGCAGCUGGUCGAUCAACAGAGACUCUUGCAGGAAUCUAAAGAGAAGCAUUCUGCCGAGCUCGAGGCUGUCGAGUCCAAGUACAAGGCUCAGGUAGAAAUAAAUUUGCUGCUGGAGGGCCGUAUCCUUGAACUACACGGUAAAUUAGAGCAAGCCACGAUGUGCAGUUCGAGUGGUGCCUCGACAUCUCUGAAUCUUGCUUCUUCGGCCUCGCCUAAGGAACGCUCGCCACCGCUUUCGGUGAGCUUGGCCUCGUCGAGCGAAGGCAGCCUUGCGUUCAUUCACUCGGCUAUGAACGACAGAUACUGCGACACCGCUGGAGAGAUCGCGAACCUGCAUGCCAUUGCCGAACCCAUCCAGGUUACACCGAGCACAAGCAGUACUGCCAUAGCACAGCAACAGCAAAAAAGCUCUAAACUGUCUUCUGUCAGACAUCAAAGGUAGAGACAAUGUGAGAAUGACGAAUGUUUAAAUUUUUUUUUUUUUGUUUUUUUGAUAUAGCGUUGUGGGUGAGCAUCGAUGAGUGGUUAUUCUCGCGUGGAAGAAAAAUGAAAUGGUUGUUUUUUUGUAUUUGCGGAGAAAAGGAAUUUUUGUGUACAAAUGAAAGAUUUAUUGAAAUGAAUUUUGUGAAGCGUUAUUUAUAUGUUUUAGUGCAAGUAGGAGGAGUACACAAAUACGACAAAAUGUUUACACGAAUGCGUAAACGAUAUAUAAGUAUCAAGUUUUUGAAUACCACGAUAAAAGAUAUCUGCGACUUAAUCGCUUUAAGUUAAGUAAUAUUUUGUAAGCAAAUUCUUCAUUUUAAUUUAUUUUUUCCCCUUACAAAUAAUGUUAAGUAGUUGUCAAACUUGAAAAUGUCUAUCAAUAUAACUUAAAUUUUCUUCCAUAUACUUCAACAAUGGGUUCUCAAGUAAUAGUAGUUACGUUUCUCUAUCUGGAAGUUAUUUAGAAUUGUCUGAAAACUUCAGUUGAUAGUUGCAUUCUCACUCUCAUGACACAACACUUGAAUGGGAUUGUCUGGGAUAGUGACGUGAAAAAACUUUUUUUAUCUAUAAUUUAAUAAGAAUAUUGUUUUGUAAAAAUAAUUUUUUUUUAUUCACUACCAUUUGAAUUCUACACAUUUUAAGUUAAAAAUGUAAUUAAAAACAAUUGUUGGAAUUGUUCGGUAACAUUUCAUGGAGUAUAGAUUUUUUUAAAUAUGAAAUACAAAAAAAAAUAUAGUUUUUGAUCGGGACGUGAAUACCGAUUGAAUCAACUUUCAAAAUGCGAAACCAAGCUUUUGCUAAUGUGUGCAAUGUGAAAUUGCAUUUUCAAAAUCUAGAAAAUUUUUUGAUCAAAGAAAUUUUCAAUUUAUUGUUUUAAAUU